AUGACAUCAGAAGAAAAUAUAAACUAUCACUACAAUCGAACAAAUUCGAAUAUCUCACAGGAUAAAAAAAGCCAAGAUGAUCCAGACAACGAAAAUGAGAUGGAAGUAAAAGAUGAAGAAUUAGAAGCAGAAAACCUUAGAAGAUUAAUUGCACCACUAUCGAAAGAACAACUUAUAGACAUCCUAGCAACAUCCGCAUUAAUACAUCAAGAUAUACGUGAUAAAUGUAAUGAAGCCGUUGCUUCUUCACCAUCAACAAGAAGAUUGAUGGUCCGUAAUAUACCAUUCAGUACACGUGAUGAACAAUUUUUAAAAUAUUUUGAAACCUUUGGAGAAAUUGAAGAUGGAAUUAUAGUAAGAGAAAAAGAAGGUAGAUCAAAAGGAUAUGGUUUUGUUACUUUUAAAUUUGUUGAAUCAGUUCAGAAAUGUUUAAAAACUAGUCAUACAUUAGAUAAUAAAGAAUUGCAAGUACGAUUAGUAGCAGAUCCUUUUACUGACCAUUAUCAAAAUAAAUUAUUCGUUCGAAAUUUAUCCCAAAAAACAAACGUUGCAACGUUAAGAAGUAUUUUUGAAAAAUAUGGUAAAUUAGAAGAGUGUGUUAUUAUACAUGAUAAUGAAGGAAAAUCUAAAGGAUAUGGUUUUUUAACAUUUUCAUCACCAAAAGAAGCCUUCAAAGUUAUGCAACAGCCGGAACGCAUUAUUGAUAAUCGAGUUGUUUUCUUACAUUUUGCCGUAUCACAAAAUUAUAAAAAAUUUCCAAAUAAUCAGACAUUUAUGAAAAAAAAUCCAAAUUAUACGUAUUAUCAAAAAAGUAAUAUAAAUAGUUUAAAUAAUAUAAACACUCGUACGAAUUAUGUUAGAAGAGGACCAGUAUAUCAUCAUGAAAGUGAGACACCUAAUACUUUUAAUUACCCAAUUUCAUUUGUUCCAAAUGUAUACGCGAAUGUACCUCAUGGUUAUCAGCUCAAUUAUCCUGCAAAUUUGGAAUCAUUUAAUGCCUUUUACAACAAUGCAAGGUAUUAA